CAGUUGUAGAAGCUUUCCUGGCAACUCACCUCACCUCACCUUUCCUUUCGUCGAUCACUGAAUCUGGACGUUACAAAAGCAGCUGCAUUUUCCAAUUUAAAAACCAAACUCACUCACACAACCCCUAAAACUCUAACAACACAGAAAAGAGAGAGAGAACCAAAGAACCCCAAAACGCUGCGUUGCGCUGCGUUCUUUGGUUUUUCUCUCCGACGACACUGCUCUUCACAUUUCUGCAGCUACUACUACUUCCUUCACCUCUUCUCAUCUCCCCCUCCACCAAAACGAUAAAAUUUUGGGAUUCCAAACUUAGUGAUACAUUCCUUCAUAUGAAAGUGAAGCUGUGACUGGUGAGAUAACCAGUUUUUGAGUUGGAAGCUAUAGUUUAAUAUGUCUUCUGCAAGCAAGGGCGACAGGAAGGCUACCCUUGAUGCAGCAUCAUGGUUGUUCAAUGUAGUCACAUCUGUAGGAAUAAUCCUUGUGAAUAAAGCAUUGAUGGCUACUUAUGGUUUCAGUUUUGCUACAACUUUGACUGGUCUGCAUUUUGUCACAACAACUUUGUUGACUACCAUUCUUAAAUCACUUGGAUAUAUCCAAAGCGCUCAUCUUCAAUCAUCUGAUAUCAUCAAAUUUGUUUUAUUUGCAAAUUUCUCCAUUGUUGGAAUGAAUGUGAGUUUAAUGUGGAACUCUGUUGGUUUCUAUCAGAUUGCCAAGCUGAGUAUGAUCCCAGUAUCUUGUUUCCUGGAAGUUGUUUUUGACAAUGUGAGAUAUUCAAGAGACACAAAGCUUAGUAUUCUUUUGGUUCUGCUUGGUGUUGCUGUUUGUACAGUAACCGAUGUCAGCGUCAAUGCUAAGGGUUUCAUAGCUGCUGUAGUAGGAGUUUGGAGCACAGCACUGCAGCAAUAUUAUGUACAUUACCUUCAAAGAAAGUAUUCUAUUGGAUCAUUUAACUUGUUGGGCCAGACUGCACCAGCACAGGCAGCUAGUUUACUGCUAGUAGGCCCCUUUCUGGACUAUUGGUUGACAAACAAACGAGUUGAUGCCUAUGGCUAUAGUUUGACAUCCAUUUUGUUCAUCAUUUUGUCUUGCUCUAUCGCGGUAGGGACAAACCUCAGCCAGUUCAUAUGCAUUGGUAGGUUUACAGCUGUAUCAUUCCAAGUCCUCGGCCAUAUGAAGACAAUUCUGGUCCUGAUCUUAGGAUUCAUCUUCUUUGGAAAAGAAGGUCUCAAUCUACAAGUAAUUCUAGGUAUGGUCAUUGCAAUAGCGGGAAUGAUCUGGUAUGGCAAUGCUUCUUCUAAGCCAGGGGGGAAGGAGCGCCGUAGCUUUUCCCUUCCUAAAACUCAAGAUUAUAGUUCACUACCUGUAUCCUCUGAACCAGAUGAGAAGGUAUAGAAAAUAGGAAAAAUUAUAGUAUAAGUUCACAAGAAGAGAGAGAGUAGUCAGUAGUGAAUCUUUUGAUGAAGUUCGGAAAAUGCAGGUGUACUUUUAGGUCAGUUGAUUAAUUUUAUUUACUGGUCAAGGAAAUGCUGAAUUAUUUAUGGAUCAUAAUCAUUUAAUAUUUGCUUUUGUGUUAUUUUGUUUUGGAGGGAGGGGGCGAGAUUACAGUUAUUUGUUAAACGGAGGGAAAGUAUUUUACAUUGUGUUCCCAAUUUCUUUUUUUAUAUAUACAAAAAAUGUUACAGCUA